AUGCCGCUGGCGGACCCGACGAUCGUGGUCCCCCCCCUGGUCGACGUGGCCGGGGCCCACCCCGCGGCAGCGGACCCAGGCGCGCUGGCGCUUCCUGGGGCGGCCCCGCCAGCCCCGCCGGCGGCCGCGGCCGCGCCGGCGCCGGCAGCCGCGGCCCCAGCCGCCGUGGCCCCCGCCCCCGGGGCGGCCGCUGCUCCAGCGGGUCGGGCGCCCGCGGUGCCAGACACAGCGGCGGCCGCGCCGCUGCCGAGAGCGCUUGUGGCAGGCGGUGGAGCAGGUGGCGCGGCCGACGGCCUAGCACCGGGUGGAGGGCUCGUCCCCGUGGCCGCGCUGGCCGCUGGGGGAGCUGGCAUCAGCGACGUGCGCGUGCAGGCCGUGUCGCUUGACGUGCAGGGCAACCGCCACCGUUCCUUCCGCGACGCCAUUCUGAUGAUGCGAGAGGACGCGUGGCCGGACUGGCCAAUCCGAGGCCCACGGACCGUCCUAUGGGUGCUGAAGUUCAUGGAACAAAAUGGAGGAAGCCCCAUGGGCCGUCAUAUGCGAUUUCGGACCGAGGCCAAGUUGUCGUCGUCCGACGUGGGGGUUGACGAACAUGAGAGAUCAUGUCGGAUGUUGGAGCAGAUGGUAUUCUACGAUCAGCUCAUGGUCACCAACCUGGCGUGUGCCGAAUCGUUGUGCCUUGUGAUUCAAGUGCAGGAAGAACGAUGCCGUGAUAGGCUGGCUGGGGGGUCGGACAGUGUUGCCGACAACCGUCUGUACAUGGGGACGGACAUGGUUCGAGGAUGUGUGUGCGUGAGCCCCCAGCUUGCCGAUUUCGUGAAGGAUCAACUCUCGAAGGAGUACCAGAUCUCGAAGGAGCGCCGCAAGGCGCGAGGGGAGCGGGCCAUGGCCAAGAAAGGAGCCAAGAAAGGCGGCAAGGAUGGUUCAGGGCCCGGCGAUGGGACGUGA